AUGCCGUGCCGAAAGAAGAAAACUCUCAAGAGAAGAAAGAAAUUAUUAGGAAUAGGAACAAAAACUCAAAGAGAUGUGAAACUUAAAAAUGGACGCAAGUCAUGCAAACAUCGUCCGUCCCCUAUUUUCAAAAAGUGUACACAUCAACGAUCAAAUAAUGUUGACAAGGGUAAUGUAAUAAAAAAUAAAUCUCCUGUGAGGUGUGUCGUUAACAACACAAAGAUGGAGGGUAAAAAGAGUAAGUUCAUGGAUCACAGGAGCAUCUAUUACCACGAAGGUCUAACACCGAAGGACAAAAAUUAUAUUAUUUGCAAUUGUCAAACCAAAUCAUCACGGUACAUGUCAUUAAAAUGCCUAGCUGCACGAGCUAUACGUGAAAAUAAAAUCUUUUCCAUUUUCGGCUCUUGCAACGCUAUAAGAACGGCAUUAGUGGAAAGGGGUUGGGUUGAAAAACUACCCGCCACUAAAAUGAAUUUAACCAAAAUAAAAAAUGGGACUUUAACCACCAAACACGAAAUACAUGGUGAAUUAGAGCGAUUACUCUUAUCAAAUGCAGUUGAAAAGUGUCCAUCGAAUUUUAUUUGGCGCACGAGAGACGACCUUCGUGACCAUGUUAUCGAUAUGAACAAAGAAUGUCCAACUAUUAUUAAUAGAUUGAAGACGGAUGCUCAAUGGACAUCAAAGCAGGGUUUAUGUUCCUCUAUGAAGAGGAACUACUGGUUCUACAUUGAAGAUUUGGCGGAGGUUAUAGGCCCUCGCAGCUAUAACACGAGCGAUGCUGGUGAAAUAGAAGGAUUUGUAAAAGACUACAAAAUAACUGCUUGUACUAGCUUGUUGAAAUGGAUUUUAUCAAUGGUAGCCAAUGAGAGACCAAUAUUUGUAGACACUGGAAAGAUAUCGUUGAAUGUUGUGUUAUUUGCUUUGAGUAGAUGUAAAGAUUAUUUAUAUAAAAAAGAGCAUAAAGAUAUAGAUCGAUCCAUAAGUAAUGUAUCUAUGGGACAAUGGAAUACUUUCUUGAAAAAAUAUUAUCGUAUUAUAGCAAGAGACGAUGUUUUCCAAGCGGAUACUGAUAAUAAGUUACCGCUAUAUAUGGCGUACGCAAAAUUUUUGCUGAAAGAAAUGCAUAAAUACCGACCGCAAUUAAGUUGCGAGGGGUGCCAUAACAUCUGGAUCAUUAAACCAGCUAAUAACUCACGAGGGAGAGGCAUCAGAAUGGCUUCCAGGUUGACAGUGAUUACUGACUUACUUAAUAAAGCUAACGCUAAAUAUGUCAUUCAGAAAUAUAUUGAAGAACCACUAUUGAUACACGAAACAAAAUUUGACAUAAGACAAUAUUGUUUAGUUACAAGCACAUAUCCGUUAGUAAUAUGGAUGUAUAAAGACUGCUAUUUGAAGUUUAGUUCACAAAAGUACAAUUUGAAAAACUACCAUGAGUCUAUACAUUUGACGAAUAAUGCAGUUCAGAGAAAGUACGUUAACUGUGAAGGAAGGCAUAAGGAAUUACCUACUGCCAAUAUGUGGGAUUCUGAUAUGUACAAAGAUUACUUAAAAAGACUUGAUAAAGGUAAAGUAUGGGAAAAAAUUAUCUACCCUGGAAUGAAGAAAUCCAUUAUCGGCAUAAUGUUAAGUUGCCAAGAUUCUUUAUCAGUUUGUAAGAAUCGCUUCGAGCUGUACGGCUGCGAUUUUAUCCUUGACAAGGAAUAUAAACCGUGGUUAAUUGAAAUUAAUUCAAGUCCAGACCUUAACCACACUACGCCUGUAACCGCCAAGAUAUGUCCAGCAGUUCUUACAGACUUAAUAAAAGUUGUGAUUGAUUUUGCUAGAGAUACAACAUCGUCAACAGGAAGGUUUGAAUGUAUUUAUCGGCAACCAAUGACUAUACCAAAAUACGGAGGAGCGUUAGAUCUAUUUGUACGAGGCGUUUCUUUACCAAACGAUUAUUUCUACAAGGGCAGUAUUGACCUCAGAGAAUCUUACGAUUGCGAUGAAGAUAUGGACAAAGUAAAUAACAUCAAAGCCAUAUUAGACAAAAUUAAAAACAAAUACGACACAGACACAGUAAUGGUAGAACCCGAAGACGAUGGUAAUACCACUACGAAGAAAGAAAAAGAAACCACCACACGUCGUCGUUCGCGAUCUGAAGAUGAGCUUAAUGUAGCAGCGAGCGUGAUUACUGGACAGCUGGAAGAGCUUUUAGACCGAAUCGUCUCCACACACAGCUAUAAAGAAAAAAAAUCUGGACAUCAAAUGGGAUCAUUUUCAACCCCUGUUAAAUGUUACGUAGCCCAACAACCGGUCAAAAGUGUAAAUAAAAUAAUGAAAAUGUCUUUGAAUCGAGUGGAACCUGUUAAGCCUGUUGCCGUUACUAGUGAUCGAACAUUUGGUUUUAGCGAACUAGAUGAUGGCCCUAUUGGCAAGGGCAGUUACGUUGGCAUAGGCUCUUACAAAACUAAUUUCAACGACAUUAGUGAGCUUGAAGUCGUAAGAUUAUUAAGUAGAUCUAGAAGUAAAGAAAGCAUAACGUCUCCUUCCGCAUCGACAGAAAUUAUGCUCGAAGCCACAACUAAACUCAUUAAUUUUAUUAAUAAAAAAGAAAAGGAAUAUUUUACGGAAAACAAUCCGCAGAAGUGA